UAGGACAAAGAAGAAACUGCUCACACGAGACUUGAACAUGGAAUCACUCAACCCUAACGCCACUUGAUGCAAGCAAGAAUUAAAUUGUGAUGAGUCACUGCAAGUUAUGUUCUGUGUAAGAUGUAUUUGUCUCAGCUAUCCAAUCUCCAACUUUGCCAGCCACUUUGGAAGGCUAUAUAUCCAGUGGUAUCUGGUAUUAUUAGGGGAAGCUUCGCAGUAGCGUACAAAUCUCUAGUCUUGUCUUUCACCAUCCCUCUUCCCCGUAAAAGUUAAAGAUCAACAUAGGCUUACAUAUUAACAGCCAAAUUACCAGUAUCCAAAAUGCAGAAACAAACAGGCUAUUGGGUGUUGGGUAAGAAAAGGACUGCAAAUUUUGGGUAAAAAAUUGGUGUGUGCAGCAAUUAGGGCCCAGUUGACAAUUUUUUUGUGGUUGGUAAUUAUUGUCCUAUUGCCAUCAGUCUGCUAAUUAUUUGGCUCACAGUUACUUGCACUUUGUGCUUCUCACUCCAUCAUGUGUUUGUUAAAAGUCCUGAAAUGGAUUACAAGAAUAACAUUACAGUUCUUGCUCUAAACCCAAUAAGAAAUAACUCUGAAUUUAGCUUCUAUUUAGGUUAUUUAAUGACUUGUGUUGUUUUCCUAGCAAUAAUUUUAUUAAUGUGCCUUCCAAAUUGUCUUGAGAGUUUAAAUUGUGAAAGGGCUGUGUGCUACCAGGUCAUACUUGCAUUACCUCUCUCUCUCUCCCUCUCCCUCUCUCUUUGUGUGUGAAUAUAUGUUAAGUGCUUUCUUGUAGCAAUGCACAUAAGGUGUCUCAAACAACUGUAGGUUCCAUUGAAAGGGCAGAAACUCAAAGAGAGUGCUCUAUAAAUGGAAAGAGAGGUCUACCACUAAAGAGCAUUAUAAAAGAAAAGAGCUAUGACCUUCCAAGCCCUUUAUCUCCUCCUAUCAUUUCUUAUUUUCUCUUCACUGUUUCAUACACCCGCUUCUGCCAGCAAAAAGUCAUAUGUGGUGUAUCUAGGAGCUCAUUCUCAUGGCCCAGAAGUCUCACACCCUGAUUAUGAACAAGUCACAGAGUCUCACCGCGAGUUCUUGGGUUCAUUCAUUGGAAGAAAUAAGGCUAAAGAUGCCAUAUUUUACUCCUAUACAAGACACAUCAAUGGUUUUGCUGCAAUACUUGAAGAUGAAGAAGCAGUCCAGAUAGCUAAGCAUCCAACGGUAGUCUCUGUAUUCUUGAACCGGGGAAGAACGUUACACACAACCAGGUCAUGGGAGUUCCUGGGGCUUGAGAAAGAUGGGGUGAUACGUUCCAGCUCGCUUUGGAAGAAGGCCAGAUUUGGUGAAAAUAUUGUCAUAGGCAAUCUUGAUACCGGUGUGUGGCCUGAAUCAAAAAGCUUCAGUGAUGAAGAAAUGGGACCAAUUCCAUCAAAGUGGAAAGGAAUCUGUCAAAAUGGUGCCGAUGCUACCUUUCACUGCAACAGGAAGCUAAUUGGAGCAAGAUACUUCAAUAAAGGAUAUGCUGUGGGUGCUGGACCUCUCAACUCUACGUUUGACUCACCACGUGACAAUGAAGGCCAUGGAUCCCACACAUUAUCCACUGCUGGUGGCAAUUUUGUAGCCGGGGCAAGCGUAUUUGGAUUUGGCAAGGGAACAGCAAAAGGCGGAUCGCCAAGAGCCCGGGUGGCUGCUUACAAGGUCUGUUGGCCCCCUGUGGGUGGCGAUGAGUGCUUUGAUGCAGAUGUAUUGGCAGGCUUUGAUAUGGCCAUCAAUGAUGGUGUUGAUGUGCUUUCCGUAUCACUUGGAGGGCCUCCUGUUCCCUUUUUCAAUGACAGCGUAGCCAUUGGCUCCUUUCAUGCUGUUAGGCACGGCAUUGUGGUGGUCUGCUCAGCUGGCAAUUCUGGUCCAUCUGAUGGUAGUGUCUCCAACGUUGCACCAUGGCAGAUAACAGUUGGAGCCAGCACCAUGGAUCGCCAGUUUCCUAGUUAUGUUAUUCUUGGUAACAAAAUGCGCUUCAAAGGGGAAAGCCUUUCAACCAAAGCAUUGCCGAAGAAGUUCUUUCCAAUUAUUAGUGCUGCAAAUGCAAAAGCUGCUAAUGCAUCGGCUGGAGAUGCGCUGCUUUGUAAGGCUGGAUCACUGGAUCACAAGAAGGCGAAAGGAAAAAUAUUGGUUUGCCUUCGAGGGGAUAAUGCAAGAGUCGAUAAGGGUGAGCAAGCUGCUUUGUCUGGCGCCGCGGGGAUGGUUCUUGCUAAUGAUGAGCUUUCUGCGAGUGAAAUAAUUGCUGAUUCUCAUGUCCUUCCAGCUUCACAGAUCAAUUUCUCUGAUGGUGUUGCCGUUUUUGCUUAUGUCAAUGGCACCAGGUCUCCAUGGGCAUACGUAACACGUCCAACAACUCUGCUGGGGACGAAGCCAGCUCCAUUCAUGGCAUCUUUCUCAUCAAGGGGACCAAAUACAGUUGUCCCAGAGAUCCUAAAGCCUGAUAUAACUGCUCCGGGAGUGAGUGUCAUAGCUGCCUACACUGGAGCACAAGGACCAACAAACCAAGAUUUUGAUACACGUCGAGUUCUCUUUAAUUCAGUUUCAGGCACUUCAAUGUCAUGCCCUCAUAUUUCUGGCAUUGUUGGCCUUCUGAAGGCCAUCUACCCUACUUGGAGCCCUGCAGCUAUUAGAUCAGCAAUCAUGACCACUGCAAGAACACAAGACAACGUUAACGAACCACUGAUCACUGCAUCCUCCAUGAGGGCAACGCCAUUCAGCUAUGGAGCAGGCCAUGUACAUCCAAACCGCGCAGUGGAUCCCGGCUUGGUUUAUGAUUUAACAGCCAAGGACUACCUGAGAUUUCUGUGCACCCUUGGUUACAAUCAAACUCAAAUUGCACUCUUCUGGGGCAGUCACUAUAGAUGUUCCAAGCCCAUUAGCCUUAUCAAUUUCAACUACCCUUCAAUCACAGUGCCUAAGCUCACUGGCUCCAUCACCGUGACUCGGACUGUUAAGAACGUCGGUUCGCCAGGUACUUAUGUGGCGCAUGUCAGGAACCCGGCCGGUAUAUCAGUUUCUGUCAAGCCAGAGAGCCUCAAGUUUGGAAAAUUUGGAGAAGAGAAGCAGUUCAAGCUUACUCUGAAGGCUGAGAAGGUUAAGAAAGGUAGAGACUAUGUAUUUGGAGAAUUGACAUGGUCAGAUGGUAAGCACUUUGUGAGGAGUCCUAUUGUUGUCAAAGCAGUCUAAAGACUGGAAUUUUACUCCACCUAUUGAAUCAAAAAACUCUUAUUUCUACCUGAUUUAUUAGAAUGGACUUCUGUUUGUUAUGUUU